GCACGCGCAUACCUACUUUUCGUUCUAUAAAGCGACGCUUGUAUGCGUCAUACAACCACGCGCAUACCUACUUGUGCUUGUAUGACGCUACCAAGGGGGCGGUUUCAACCGAUUAGGACCUUUACGACAGCAUGUCCAGGGCACCGGAACCACAUAUAGGAAGCCAGAGCACACAUAGAAGUAACUGCUUUACAGCCAGUUUGGCAGUGAAGGCAUAAGCCGCUGUCGCGUGUCUGUCGGAAAAAAGCCCUAGCAGCGAGUCGCUUGCAAGGCUUGCAUACGUCGACGUCAUCCGAGGAUUAUCUAGUAGCACGCUAAGCAGUCCUUUGUUAUCGACACGUAUACAAAGGGCUACAGGUGGAGAAUGCCUAAUAGUGUCGCGCGUACCAGCGCCAGGCGCGGCCCAUCGGCGUUCCUAUCAGCUGGGCGAUGCUCAAACGCAAAACGCCCUAAAAGGGCCGUUCUGUUUACUAGGAAUGUAAUCGCGAACGGAUCCCAUUCGGAUCCUGUUGGCACAGCGGACGCCGCGGCAGGACGACCUAUUGCUCCUCAACCGUCCGUUACCCAAGCAUCAGCCACAUCCAUGGCCCGCGCCUUACCCGAUGUCGCGGUGCUUUUCUGCAACUUGCGCAACCAUGCGACAUCCCUCGCACAGCGCUUGGCCCUGGCGGCUAGCUCAGCCGCAGCAGCUGUUUCAAGUUCCAAUGGCUUGCCGCAACAUCCCGCCCCGAUGAUGGGCCUUGGUUUGGCCGGCAGGCCUAUGGGAGCUGCGGCGACAUUGGCUGGGCUGCUGAGUAGUGGCACAGGGCCUACAACGCUUCAGCAGCUUUUGCGACAGCACCAACAGUGGGAAACUGCUGCUGCACAGCACAGUCAUCACCAUCAGCAGCAGCAGGCGCUUGAGGAGGAGGCGCAAUGGGACGACGAGCACCUGUGGUCUGGACCUCACGCGGCGUGCGUGCCUUGGGACUGCGGGGAGCCCCUCUCACAGUCCUUCAGCGCGAGCCACUACUCCCUGCCAACUGCAGCCGACGACGCCCAUGACCAUUCCUCCUCCUCCACGCCCAUGACCUCCGCCGCCUCGAGUUCGAGUGCAGUCUGGAUCUUGCCCAUCGCAGCCUUCCCGCCGCACUGGCGGCUGCCUGACGUCCCCGACCCCAGCAGUCUGCCCUCUACGUUGCACACACAGCUAGCCGGUCUAGGGCCCUUGUGGCACUCGGUGACCUCCGUACAACACCGUACGGCCAUGGCGGCGAUCUGGUACGCCGGCCGUACAUUGCAUGCUGCUGAGCGUUACAUCCGUACACUCCCGUCGCCACAUGAGAUGCCUGGCGUCAUGUCCUGGGCCGCUACCUCGGCCGCGGUGCAAGCAGAGGAGUCCGUGGUGUUGGCGAUGGCGCACCUCGCCGCAGCAGCGGCGUCCGCCGCGACGGCAAGUGUGCCGGCGAAAGCAACUUCCGCCGCCGCCAGCGCCAUUGCCGUACGGCACCUGACGUUGGUACGACAAGCCCGGCGGCGGUUGCUGGCGGCGGCGGCGCCGCUGCUUGGGGAGCUGCAUGACUUGCGUCAGGGCUGCAGCACACACGUGCUGCUGCGAUUCGUACUCUUCUCAGCUUUGCAGCCGGAGCUACGGCGAGAUCUGAUCGUACGGCUAGACGUACUGGCACACCGUGCCGUACAAUUGGCCCUCUUGCAGGAGCAGUACGAACGGCUGGUACGGCUAUCCGCCGCUGGGGGGCAGCAGCAGCACCACCACCAGAUGUGGCUAAAACAGCGGCAGCAGCCGCAGCGGCAACCCACACAGCACCCUGCGGUGUCGAGUGGGGUGCAUGAUGCUUUCGGUCGCCUCACAGGUGGUGCUGCAGCGUCGGCGUCGGCCGCGGCAUUGACCAGUAGUGGCGCUGCUGGGGCGUCCUCCUCCUCCUCAUCAUCAUCAUCAUCGGCAGCGGCGGCGCCGGGGUCGUCGCCGCCAAGCGACAGUGCGGCGCCGGCGCUGUCGGCUCGCUGGUAUCGUCGCGUGUUUGCGCCCGAGAUGCUGGCUUGCCGCCGGCAGCUGUUAUGCGGUUGGGAGCAGCAGCGGCGGCAACAGCACCUAAUGCGGGAGGUGAGGGCGCUGAGGAGUGGUGCAGCGGAUGGGGGUCGUUCUGGGGAGGCGGCUGAGGCGGUGGUUGCAGCGGCGCAGAGUGACCCGCCGGGUCGGUUUGACCUCCGCGACUUGUACCGCUUGAUACGGGUGAUUGAGGUGGCGAUUGAAGACCUGGAGCGCGAGGAGGAGGAGGGGUGGGUGGCUUGAGUGAGUGAAUGGAUGAGGGAGGCGCGUGUGAAGCUGUGUAUAGGGCGCAUCUGCGCUGUCCUUCGUCUCAUGUGCCUAGGUGUGCCUAGGGGACCGGCAUGGAGGUGGAGUGUAAGGAAGGGAGCUGACUAGAAUCCCUUCCUUGGAAGUCUUGUUAAUCCUCGACGGAAACUUAACACAGGUGGGAUUGGUUGUGAGUGGAAAAGUUAAACCUGUAAGGUUUUCAGUUGUACUUUGUGGGUGAGCUUUUAGUUUGGUGGAUGUGAGGACGCCGAUGCCAAUUUGAUAAUCACGGUUGCCGUAUAUCGUAGUUCGCUGUCACUGUUUGUGUUGUUGGGUUGCUCAUAGUUGGUUCCUGCCUCAUCUGGCAAUUUGGCUCCGCUGCAAUACCUGCACUGCGCGCGGCGUUUUGGACUUGAUUCGAGUGAGGGAAGAUGUUGAGUUUGUUGGAAAGCGGUUUAGAGCAAAUCUCGCCUUUUCUGUCAUCGCCGCUGUUGUUGAUCUUGUAUACCACAUGUCGUUGGUUGGUUUUGAUGUUACUGAUCGGUGAAAAGCACAUUUCAAUUCAAAUUAUUUCAAGUCCAGCUGUCGUAUGCUUGGAAUUUAGUCGCAUAAGUUGUUCGGUCAAAAGAAGGAAGGAUUGACGGCGUAUUAUCCAGUUGUCGUACUGUUGUUGUUGCGGCGCAGUUGCUGUCUGUUUAUUUGCUGUUACGUGGAAGCAGCCGCUUCUCUUCAGUCUUAGCUGCUGCUUGGCACAAAAUGCGUCACACAAAAUGCUUGUGGUUGUCCUACCAGAGCAACGUUAGGGCAUGCAUUCGACGUCCACAAACCAUGUAUUGUAAUCUGCUAGAAAUACCCGGCGCUCUUGAACGCUAGGGAAGGGGUCUGCGGCUUGAACAAAGCAGGAACUGCUCCGGCUACAAGGGGUAGCUUCACCCGUUCGGCUUGGUUGUUGAGGGCGUUUUGAUCGCCUUCUUUGCAUGGACUGGCCUUCCACCAAACAAGGUGUUAUGCCCACUUCCAUGGGCAGGUGGUUGCUGUUUUGGAACCUCGCGUGAGGACCUCAUUAUGGAGUGCAAACAUGUUGUCAUGGGUCGGGGCGGAGAAGAGGGUGUAUACCGUAACACUAUUAUUGUCGGGCCUGUGUCGGUCGGUAGCUCCUGACCUGCUGGUAGCGGCUGUUGGGGGAGUGCUCUUGAGUGUUAGGCUGAUAGGGUGUGAUAGAAGGUGACGGCUGCUGAGUCGCCGUCCGGGCGGCAGGAAAGGUAUAGGGCUUUUCAGCGUGUUACAAGGCGCACUUUGCUCACCAAUGUACCGGUAUGCGCCCAUGUAAGAAUGUAAAAUCCCAGCAGUUG